AUGGUCAUACCCGAAUGCAAAGAUGGUUUGAAGCCUGUUGUUGGCAUGGUCUUUAAAUCAAUUGAAGAUGCACGUUCGUUCUAUGCUGAAUAUGCUCGAGAUGCAGGUUUUGAGACUCGGAAAUUCAGUCACAAAGCAUCGGGGGAUGUUGUUACGUGGCUGUAUAUGGUGUGCAGUAGGGAGGGUAUAAAGAGGACACGAGAAUUUGAUGCAGUUAAUGCUCGACAAGGUUUUGCAAACAGACGUAGACGUGGAUCAAAGAGAUGUGGAUGCAAUGCAAAGUUAACGUUCAAGUUUGUCUCCGAAGGUGGGGUUGCUUGGUAUGUUGUUCACUACUUUAUUGAGGAGCACAACCACUCUAUGGUGGAGGAUCAACAUAAGCGCUACAUGAAAUCGAAUCGUCGACUAGAUCAACUACAUUCGAAAUUCAUUGACGAUUGUAUGAAAGCCAACAUUGGUCCCACAAUGACAUUUAAUCUAUUAAGAGAGGUGUUGGGCGGAUAUGAUUCGGUUGGUUGCACCGUAACGGACAUCAGGAAUUGUGUUCGUGACAUGAAAGAACAUCUGAAAGAGGUUGAUGCUCAAUUGAUUCUGAAUAAAAUGAGUAAGAAGAAAGAAUCAUGCCCAGGCUUUCACUAUGUGUUCGAGGUAGACUCCAAUAACAAAUUGACAAGGUACUGUAUGAUAUUUGGUCCUUUCACGGGUAAAGACAAUCAUGGUUGCCCUGUAACCUUUGCGGCUGGAUUUUUAUCCAAUGAGAGUAACGAAUCAUUUUCAUGGUUAUUCAAGCAGCUUGUUGAAUGCAUGGGUGCAGCCCCUAAAAUGAUAAUUACAGAUCAGGAUCGGGGCAUGAGACUUGCUAUUGAACUAGUGUUGCCAGAUACAAGACACCGGUGGUGCAUGUGGCACAUUAUGCUCAAACUUGCGGAUAAAGUACCUAAACAACUUCAUGCGGAUGAGUCUUUUAAGAAAGAUUUGAAUGCUUGUGUUUGGUCUGAAUUGUUGGAACCUGCUGAAUUUGAGGAAUCGUGGAAUAAUGUAAUCACACAAUAUGGUUUGGAAAAUGUGCCAUGGUUCAAGACAAUGUUUGAAGAUAGAACAUUUUGGGUUCCUGCGUACUUUAGAGAUUUUCCAAUGGCCUCUUUAUUGAAGACAACAUCAAUAUCUGAAGCAGAGAAUAGCUUCUUCAAAAGGUACUCAAAACCUCAAUUCUAUUUUGCUGAAUUCGUUAUGCAGUACGAUAAAGCGUUAGAUGCUCAAAGGAAUAAGUCAGAGAGACUCGAUUAUUUCGAUUCCACAAUUGUUCCAAUACUUGCAACAGAAUUACCAUUCGAGGAACAUGCGACUACAAUUUAUACCGACAAAAUGUUUAAAGAUGUUCAGGCUGAAAUUGUUGAGGCUUAUCAUAGCUGUAACAUGGUUGAUAUGUCAGUUCAGUCAAGCAACAAAGUUUACAGAGUAUCAGAUGGUAGUCGCAAUACCUUUAACGUCAACCAUGAAGUUGGAGCUGAGCAAAUUCCUGAGCAAUAUUUUGGAUCACGAUGGCUGAAGAGGCCCUUACUAAAGGCCGUACAUGGUUUUCCAAGACACGAGUUUGAAAUGACUGGAGCUCCAGAAGUUGACGCUAAACGAAAUGCAAUCACCAAGAUGCACAAAACAUAUUACCGUUUAGCUCAAAAGGCAGAGUCCCACAUCAAUGAUGUCAAUGCACUCAUAACUGGAAUGGAGAGGCUUGGUCUUGAACUGUUUGGUGAUGAAUGGUUAGAAGUGCCUUCUUUGGAUAAGGGAAAGAGGAUUGAAAAUGUGUUUGGUGAUCCAAUACCGGAUGCUAUCAAUGUUCACCCACCUGAUACUGUGCAUACCAAGGGUUCUGGAAGCCGGAAGGUGUCAAGGAAAGAAGCGGCUAUCAGGCAAAUGCAUAAACCUCUGCGACGUUGCAAGAAAUGCCGUGAACUAGUGAGGCAUGAUUCAAGAAACUGUGGCAAAGAGAAAGAGAAAAACAAAAACAAGUGA